AUGGAUUCGACACCGCCCACCUCUGAGUGCUCUAGCGGAGAAAGUACUCCAGUCGCUUAUGACCACCUGUCGACGCCUGACAAAGCUGCCUCAGCCGGGAUAGAGAAAGACAUGCCGGAACUCGCGCUGGAGACUGAGCCCUCAAGCCCAACUGCAUCCCACUCUCAGUUGGCCGAUGAACCUUCAGAGCUAGCAACGCCGAAAGACAAGGUCCUGAAGCGUUUGAAAGGGAAGGAGAAGGCGUCCAAGCCACUCGUGGCGGAAGAGGGAGUCUCACCAUUUUUAAACCUGCCGGUGGACAUCCUCAAGGAGAUUAUCAAUCAGCUACCACACACAAAUGAUCUGACCUCACUCGCUCUAUGCCAUUCGGCGCUCCACCGCCUAACGAUACCCUAUAUCUAUUCCCGUUUCGAUAUCGUCUGGCCGGACGCGACAGCGACCGCAGAGCCACGAACAGGAGUCGACGCUCUCACAUAUGGACUCGCGACGCUGGUCAUGGCGAAUGAGCUGUUCGGCGAGGAACCAUACUACGCACCGUCAGCGUCUCGCAGCGGCGCUCCUCCAAGCGCGUUCCGCAGCCUUAGCCAAGUGGCAGCGGGCGACAAUCCUUUCCCGCUCACCAAGAGACGCCGGGGCAACCACUAUGCAAACUACACCAAAAAGUUUUCGCUUGGUAAUGGACCGCCAGAUUGGGUGCAGGAAUAUCUCAUCACGAAGGAGGGCGGGAAAAUGCUUGGUACGCUCGUUGCUCUGGCGCUGUCACGGAUGCGUAGUCUCGAGACCUUUGUGUGGGACAUGCCGACCGGGAUUCUACGGGACGUCUGGCUAGCUCUCUCCUCUUUAGCCGACAGAGAUGACGGUCUCGAUUGUCGCUUGCAACGGGUAUGGGUCCGAUGGCACGACAACUCGCAGCUGGACUCCUUGCCACUUCCACCACCUCCAGCACUGAACGGAAUGCCGCCUCCGCCGCCAAUCGCUGGUCAAGCCAGUGGAAUCAACAAUCCCCACACAGCCGUUGCAGUGGCUCCGCAUCACUAUGUCACUGUUCCAGCGAUAGAGCGCGUAGAGCAUCCUUCGUUCUCAGUCUUGUCAGCUCUGAAAAGUCUCAGUGUGUUAGAUAUCGACGAGCUUCCCUACCUCGAUGAGAUGAGCAUUUUGAUAGGCCGGUCCCAGAAGUGCCUCAGGGAGCUAAGAGUUGGUAUUGCUCGUCACGCACAACCGCGAGAUUGGGUAACUGUCUGGGAAGGUGAGGGAGUGCAGCAGGUGGACUACAGCACAAACUGGACAGCACAGAGCUCGAUAGGAGAGAAAAGGUUAGGAGGAGUUCUGGGGGUCCUGGUCGGACGAGUAUACAAUGUGCGCCAGAACAGGCGGGUAGAGGAAGAGAAAGCGUCUGCGCACAGGACUCCGGACCGCGCACAUUCGGGAAAGCAGCCGGUUGUUUCGCCUUCCAUUGCCACUGAAGACCGGGAGCCGGAGCCGGAACUAAUACCUUCGGGAGAGGUUCCAACUCAAGACGCUUCACCAACGGACCAGGAUGCAGAAGUAGCGAUCCUACAACCGCAUCCAGAGCAGCUGCCAGAACAGGCUCUAGAGAAGGACCAAGAACAGCAGGUCACGGUGGAAGAGGGCUCAGGGACGCCUACUCCGACUGCUUCUCCGAAGCGGCCGAAAGCGGAUAUCAUUAGAGACGGACCAUUGCUUGACGGCCAGCUGAAGCUUCACACGUUGGAGUUGGAGCGCGUGCCCCUUUCGGUCAAUGUAUUACGGAGAGCGUUCGACUGGUCAGCGCUUACAUCUCUGACGUUGCUACACUGCAACAACCAUGAGCAACUCUGGAAGUCUCUUCGGCGCACGUAUUCCCCUCGCCUUCCCCAGUCUUCCAACGCACCCGGUAUUCCGUAUCCGUCCUCGGCAAGGCGGCACAGUAUAUCGCAUUUAUCCCGCUCCGACUACGCCCUCAACCUCAAGAAGAUCCAUACCAACACCGUCUCACCUUCGCUGAUAUCGUUCCUCAAGGAGACCCUUGCGCCAAAUAGUCUGGAGGUUCUUUUCUUGCAAGAAGGGCGAUCGUAUUCCUCAAGUGUUACGGUAGACGCAAUCUAUCGUGGACCAUUGCGAAGACACCGCGGCAGCUUGAAGAAGUUGAUGAUCGAUAGCAGCGAGCGAGACUCCCACGGCCAUGCUACAACAAGCGCCAAAUGGCGGAGGUGGAUGCUGAACCGUGAGAUCCUCUCGUUUAUCACAAGUGGCAAGAUGACUAGUCUCAGAGAACUUGCUGUGAGCAUCGAUUAUCGUGACUGGCAUCUCUUCUUGCAGCGAUUACCAAACAUACCCACUGUCCGCUCGUUGUACAUCCCUCACGUGGCCGACCACGCACACGGCAACAACAUCGACCCCAAAGAACUGGCUCAUCAGAUCGAAGACAUCGUCACUUUGCGACCGGAGAUCGAGAUAUGCUACAUGGGCAUUGUAAAUAAGUGCUUCGAGAUCCUAGAAAGCAAAAACAACGACUCCCAUCACGCUCACACUGGAUCUCUAGACGGCGGGCCCUUCAGCAUGCCGACUGGCUAUCAGAACGUGGACGGAAUGAGCGAGGACGACGAAGACGAUGAAGACGAUGACGAGGACGACGACAUCGACGGCACAGGUAUGGGCGCAGCCGGCGAGGGUGAGGAAACGGAAUCCGAGGGCUCGGAUGCCGACCAUAACGAUUCUGACGACGAAGGCUCCUACACCCAUGAGGAUGAUAGGAAGGAGCCACGGUUGAAGCUCCGGGAGAUCCUGUUCUAUGACGACAAAAUCUCUAUAUUCAAAUGCAGGCAUGGUCGGCUGUAG